AUGUCAUAACAUCAAACUUAAGUGAACGAUAUGUCACAAGUGAACAUGGACGACUUCAGAUAAAUUGUGAUGUGGAUGGAAAUCCGUUAUCUAACAUCACGUGGCUGUUUGUUCCAAAUAACACUGUUGUAAAGAAAGACUCUUAUGUAAGCAGUAGUUCACUGGAAAUAUUGUCAGCAAAUUGCUUUGAUCACGGGGUUUACAAAAUUACAGCUGAAAAUGGAAAGGGCCCAGCUGCUAUCAAAACCACCGAUGUGACGGUUAGGUGUAAACCCCGACUAUAUAACAUCGAUUCCCAAUCUCCUGGCAAAGUAGUCAUAGAACAUUUCGAUUCUCUCCAAAUAGUGGUGAGAAUUUUAUUAUACCCACCAGCGACUCUGACGCAGUGGAUUUUUACAGGAAAAAAUUAUACAAUUAAAGUCAUUCCGAAUAAUACAGAUGGUUACAGAAUAACAAACACUAAAGGGGAAAUUGAACAAAACAUUACCCUCUACAAAAGUAGGAUCAAUGCGAAAGAUUUUGGAGAUUACAUCAUAAUGGUUCAGAAUGAUAUUGGUACCUUCCUUAGGAUCUAUCAUAUGGAUACAGCACGAAUACAGGAGAGUGUAGGAAAUCAGACUGGAGUAGCUGUUGGAAGUGCUGUUGGGAUUGUGACCUUCAUCAUCGUUAUCCUAGUCCUGGUUAUCUGUCUCCGAAGGCUUUAUACAUUUACCUGUAUAAUAAAGUUGGAGAGAAAGAACACAGACAAAAGUGUAAAAAGAACUGAUUUAACAAAAGACGAAUCCAGUAUCCCAAUGGCAGAACACGCUGUACAUCUACGCGGAGAAAGGGGUGUGUAUGAAGAAUUAACAGAGACAGAUAAUGGAAAUCCAUAUGAUGGUCUCUCCACUAAAGAUCCACGAGAAAGCGAGAGGCAAACUUAUGAGAGCACACACGAAUCCAGUGUUGAAAAUAAAUAUGAGAAACUUUCAACUGUUUCUAAAGAAGAAGAUGAUGAAGACAAAUAUAAGAAUUCUCACAAACCGAAGACUUCAUCACCAUCAGAUGUAUACCUCAACACAUCAUUUCAGAAUUAGAAGUCUCGAAAGAGGUCUUAGUGGCAGUUUGAAAUGAUAUUUACCAAAGAAAGACUAGUCACAAAAUUUAUAGAUGUGUUAUAAUAUUUCAGAAUUUUUAAUUUUAUCCUGGGGCAAAAUCGGGGUAAAACAGAUUUUUUUUCUAAGUUAGAUGUCUGAUGACUGCCUUGAAGCCCCAUUGAUUAUAUGGCGAAGUCUUGGUAGGGAACAGGGGGCGAAACACCCUGAAACAAACAAGACAUAUAUAUGUAAUAGUGUUUUGAAUAUGAUUUUAUAAUAAUGGAUCAUAUAUGUAUUUGCGAUGUUAUUGUGUAUUAUCGAUAACUGCAUAUCUAAAAAUGGGGCACUGGAUCCACCACUUGACAAAUUGGUUGUAAUGAGCGAUUUCAAUGUACUUUAUUGGAUUGCCCAUCUACCAGCAAUUUAAUCAAAAUCGUGCUUUAAUGUCAUAAUGUCCAUUCAUAUAUGAAGCUAUUUCACUUGAAUGAUGACGUAUUAUACUUAACGUAAUUAGGAACAGUAGAACCAAACAAUUGUUAUUACAAAUGGCAGUAAGAAAUAUAUUUAUGUUCCCUAA